GCGCACCAGGAAUAACCCGCUGACAGAUUCUCGGUGGCGGCGGCGGCGGCGGCCCGGGGCUGCAAGGAAUGGGCGUCCUAGGUCUCUGAUCGAGCACCGCCCCCACUUCCCUGCCCCCGACAUGGCUCAGGAGAAGAUGGAGCUAGACCUGGAGCUGCCCCCGGGUGCGGCCGCGAGUCCCGCGGAGGCUGGCAGGGGCAGCGGCGGCGGCGGCAGCGGCGGCGGCGGCGGCGGCGGGGGCCUCCGGAGGUCUAACAGCGCCCCUCUGAUCCACGGGCUGAGUGACACCUCGCCGGUGUUCCAGGCCGAGGCGCCGAGCGCCAGGCGCAACAGCACCACGUUCCCGAGCCGCCACGGCCUGCUGCUGCCCGCCUCGCCGGUCCGCAUGCACAGCAGCCGCCUGCACCAGAUCAAGCAGGAGGAGGGCAUGGACCUCAUCAACCGGGAGACGGUGCACGAGCGUGAGGUGCAGACGGCCAUGCAGAUCAGCCACUCGUGGGAGGAGAGCUUCAGCCUGAGCGACCACGACGCCGCCGCCGACAAGUCGGCCGCCGCCUCCCCGAAGCGCAUCGACUUCAUCCCGGUGUCCCCGGCGCCGUCGCCCACCCGCGGCAUCGGGAAGCAGUGCUUCUCGCCGUCCCUGCAAAGUUUUGUGAGUAGCAACGGAUUGCCCCCGAGUCCCAUCCCCAGCCCGACCACCCGGUUCUCCACCCGGAGGAGCCAGAGUCCCAUCAACUGCAUCAGACCCAGCGUGCUUGGACCAUUGAAAAGAAAAUGUGACAUGGAGACUGAGUAUCAGCCAAAGAGGUUCUUCCAGGGCAUCACCAACAUGCUGUCCCCCGACGUCGCACAGCUGUCAGACCCCGGGGUCUGCGGGUCUUCCGACACCCUCGACGGAAACAGCAGCAGCGCGGGGUCAUCUUGUAACUCCCCCGCCAAAGUCAGCACUACCACCGGCUCUCCUGUGUCACCCGUCCAAGCCACCUCUCCUUUUAUCCCAGUCGAUGAACUUUCAUCCAAGUGAUACUCCCUCCCCUUCCCUCCUGAGACUUGUUGUUUGUUUGUUUGUUUGUUUUUACAGGGGAGAGAGAGAAUCAAGUUGGUGCAAGCACUGAACCGUGUCAAUUCAUUUGAGGCUAUUUUCUAUUAGACCCUUCUCAUAUAUACAUUUUUUGGCAUUUCCUGAAAUGUUAUUUUAGAGAACUUUUUAUGUCAGAUUUCUGCGGAUGCCCUGGAAUUCAGCGUAGUAAUCCUUCCAGGUCUUUGCCCAAUAAGUGUGUUGAAGCAUACAUCUUUAAGCUGCUAAUAUGUCUAAAUACAUAUGUUAUCCCUUGAUUUUUUUUUUUAAAUAACUGAGAGCUCUAUUUAUUUAUGGGAUUAUUAAGUUCUGAUGCAAAUAUAAGUAUUGAAUUAAUCGGCAUAGUAAGUGGAUGUUUUAAAAUUCCGUAUUUCAUGCCCACACUAGUUUUUACGUUAUUACAGUGACUGGUAAUUUCUAUUUGAUAAUAGAACAAUAACUUAGCUAUUUACCGCUAGUUUUGAAAUAUGGGACUUAUAACACAGCAAUCUAGUGGUUGUCUUUUUUUUUUUAACCCAGGAGUCCUCGGAUAUUUAGUUUUCUGAGUACACAACUGGAAGGGAGGGGGGAUGAUGAAAGAAAAAAAUAAAGUUUUCACCAAAUCUUUUAACAUUAAAUAUACAAAAGUAAAAGUAUUUAAGAAAAGCAUUUUCUAGUGAAAUUUUAAUAAUUCUAAAGAGUCAAGUGUUACAUUUUUUUUUUAACCAGAAAGUGCAUUCAUUCUCUUGUGUAUGAUCCUGAACUGAAAUGAACAGUGCCUUGCAGUCUUUGCCUACUAUAGAUAAGCUAAGGCCUGAUUCUUUGCAGUACUGCAAACUUAAAAUCUUUCAGAUGUGUGGGAAGCCCUUUUAAACUUAGCUGAGCUCUUACAGGCAGCUCUAACUCAACUCAAUCAUUGAUAUGAUUUAAAUAUCCAGCUGUGCCUCCAUCAAUGAAAUUCUCUGCCAAUGAGAAGCCAGAGCAACUUUUGGCUGCUUUGUCCAUUUGUCACCUUCCUGGUUUUCCCUGACUUGAGGAGGAAGCAGCUGUUUCCUUGCCAAAAGGUCUGUCUUCUCCACUUCCCACCAAAGUAGGGACUCAUCUGUUAGGGUAGAGGUACAGUGAAACUCAGAUUUCUGGCAGUGAAGAGCAACAGGACUGGAAUUUUCAGGACCUCUGGGGUUAAAGGUAUACCUUGCCUUUGGGGAUGUUAGUUCAGGGUCUGUGACUUGGAAAACAAAAGUCAGUGGAGAGUCGAUUAGGUGAAGAAUCAUUUAACCUAGGUUUUGUUAAAAGAUAGAGUUGUGAAAUACUUUCCUUUGCCUUUUACAAUGAAAACACACUAACAAGUUCUUCAAUAGUAUACUUUAUUACACGUUCUGUAUCUUCCUUAACCAGACAGGCAGAAAUGAAGAAAAGUAGAUGGAGAGGGGGGGGCUCAAAAAGAAAAAAAGAUGAGAACUAUUUUUUUUUAAAGUUAUUGCCUACAGGGACUAUUAAUUGUGUGGACUUUUUACAACAAUGAGAAUAAAUGGAACUUGUCAACUUUUGACAGUUGCCUCAAGAAUGCAGUGAAAUUACUUUGAGGGUAAGAAUGUUUCCACAGGUAUCAAUUCUCUGUUCUGGGUAAUAUGUUCAUGUUGUCCUUAUCUUAUUCCUUAAACUGAAACCUGCAUAUCCUAUUUUCUCACCUUUCCCUGCUUCCAGAAGGAUGUUGACCUCAGUAUCUUUAAAACCAGUUCCUACCUAUAAUGAUGUAGAUUACGACUACCAUUAUCUCAUUUCUUAAACAAGAACCCCUGGGAAGCAUCUUAAGUCACCAAAUCUUACCAAUAAAAAAAGAUUCUUUCUCCUUUUUUCUAUCUCUGUUGGUUCUAAUUUAGCUUGAAUUGUGGUUUAGGUGAUACCCCAACCAAUUUACUCAUCUCCUUUUUGAUCCAGACUUCACACUGCCUCUAAAUUGGCUUUCUAAAACCACAGGCCUGGUUUUUUUUCUCCUUCUGAGUCAAAACUCUCUAUAUGCCCCCAUUUCAACAGUUUAGGGGUGUGUUCUUUAAUCUGACAUGUAUUAAGAUCUUUUAUUAGGGCUGAGGAGAUAAUAGUUAUGCAAGACUGUUUAUGCUCUGAGGUCCCAGGUUCAAUCUUCAGCACCACCAUGAGCCAAUAAACAGUGCCCUGGUUAAAAAUAAUAAUAGUAAUUAAAAACAUUUGGGGGCCGGGUGGUGACGCACCUGGUUGAGUGCACAUGUUAAUAAUGGGCAAGGACCCAGGUUCGAGCCCUGGGUCCCCACCUGUAGGGGGAAAGCUUUGCAAGUGGUGAAGCAGGGGCUGCAGGUGUCUCUGUCUGUCUGUAUCUCUAUCUCCCCCUUCCCUCUCAAUUUCUGGCUGUCUCUAGCCAAUAAAUAAAUAAUAAAAAAUUCUUUAUGAAUGAACUACGCUCCAAAACUAUGCCUUAAUUCCUUGUUUAUCCCAUCCUCAUACACAUCCUUUCUUCUUACUUUGCAAAAGAAAAAAAUAUAUAUAUAUAGAUUACUUGAUAUUCUUUAAGUGUGUCCUGUCCUUUCCUGUGUUUGCAGCUUUGAAUAGGUUGUUCCUGCCCCCUAAAGCAGUUGUUUUGACUAGGCAAAUGCUUUGUUCCUUUUUAUUGCACAAGCAUCUCACUAUGAAAUAAUGUGUCACUGCUAAUUAUAAAAAUAUUUAAAUGAUACAGUUGCCUAUAUAUUUAAACUGUGCUGUGUAAAAUUCAUUUUUCCUUCUAUAGGUAAUUCUCACUAAUUUCUAUAAGUUGUGUUAACUCGCAUUUCUCAUGUAUGUAUUGUGCAUAUAUAUAUAUAUAUACAUAUUUAUAUACACACACUUUAGCAGGAAGCUAGUAUGUCAUUGAUAUCUCGUCCUCUCUUUUAACCAUAUCUGAGCAUUCCUCGAGUCUUUCUGAUUUUCUGGAUCUGUUUUCUUGCUUUCAUUUUUGCUCUCACCCUCCUCAUCCAGGCUGCCAUCAUUUCCCCUUGGGGCUUCCAAAGCAGCCUCUGCAUUUCCUCCAUUGUCCCUGUUACACACUCUUGUCAACUGCCUGUCCCUUCUCUGUAUAGUAACCUGUAUAAUCCUUUUUAAAUGGCUGAUUUGAUUCUUUCAUCUAUCAACAUCAGUUGUCUGAUUGCUUUCCUUAUAGGACCUCAAAGGGAUAGUUCUGGCCACGGUGGCCUUUGCCUUUCCUCCUACUUGUGUUGUGUGAUCCACUCUAGUGUCUUGCUUUCCUCUCCUUGACUACAUUCUGUUCUUUCCUGUUUUAGUUCUUUGCUAGAUCCAUUUCCCAGAAAGUUUAGAGAAACUUCCAUUUCUGUAAGUAUAUUUCUCUAUAUAGGUGAUAGCUGUUAAAUCAGAGGAGGCACUGAGUGUGUAGACACUUCACAUUUCACUCUUGUUUACAAUUCAGCCAAUAUCCCAUAGAAUGUAAAAGCCUAGAUUGUGGAAGAAAAACACAGUUUGAAAGUAUUGCUAAUCUAUACACUUGGUGGUAGAAAUCUUAAGCACAUGUCAGCGUUGUUUAAAGUCAAGUUUGUCAUUUAACAAACCUGUGGUCUAUUUUUCUUAUGUUUGUUUUAAAACAAUAUAAAUGAAAAAAUUAAUGGUCACCAGUUCUAACUGCUAGUUGUUAGAACCCCUAAGCAUAUUUAAACGGUUGGUUGUAAUCAAGACUAAUGUGUGUCAGGUUGCCUUCGAGGACUCAUAUUUAUUAGUUUAUCCUACCGCACUCAUAUUUGGCAGUUAAAUGGGAAAAGGGCUAGGAGGGAAGCAAGGCUGAGGAUUUAUUUUUCCUCCUUAUGGGCAUGUUUCUCAAUGAAUAGUAAAAGUUUGAAGACCCAAGAGAGGUGUGGGAGAUGAGAACAACUACCAGAAUAAGAAAUCAAAGGAGAUGAUGUAACAUAUAUUCCCUGGGUAACACCCAAAAAGAAAGAGUUGGUUUUGGAAAGGAGAUCUGGAUGCAUUUGUUUCUUUUGAAACAGGAAGGAAAGUGAGCAGGUGAGGCAAAAAAAAAAAAAAAAAAAGAUAUUUAGUUGAUUUGUUGUAAGGUGGAUGAGAAGAAAAGAAUUUAUAUUGAAGGAAGAAAAAAACUUUUUCAGUGAUUGAGUCUGAUGUUGGGGACUGGGCGAGAGUAGUACUGGGAGCUUGGGUGAAAUAAAGAUUUAGUGUUAACUUUCGCAGUGUUGCCUGUGAGAAAGUGACUUUAAGGUGAGUACAAAGCUUGAUAGAAUGUCUGGUUGCAGCUGGGUGGCAGGUAUAAAAAGACUGGAUUGACUUAUGUUUGUAGAUUGGCCAAGCAGCUACUAGGCCAAGUUCUGUGCUCAGAAGAGCAACUAGGGGCUUUUCUGAAAGUGUAGUUGGAUGGUUAGCUAAGGUCUUAGAGAUGCUGAGGAAAUGUCUGUGGUGAGGACACAGAAUCUAUUUUCACCAUCAAACUCUUGCAAUUUUCUCAUGUUUUCAUGGCUACUUUUGUUUAGCUUGAGAAUCAGUUCCAACUCAGUCUUGAGUUCCAUUAUCUGGUGCUCUUGGUGGUGCUGAACAAAUGUAUUAAACUAUCAUCUGAGGCAAGUGCUGUUAUUACUCUCAUUUUAGAAAUAAGGGGAAGGAAAGACAGAGAGGUGAGAUAGCUUGCUCAGGAUUCCACAGUAGGGAAGUGGGCAGAUUACUGUGGUAGUUAAACACACAGACUGAGGAACCACAUGGCUGUAGAUAGGAUUAAAUGAGUCAACAUAGGAGGAAUUCUUUCAACAGUGUUUGGCGAUUUCUAUACAAGUGUCAGCUGUCAUUAUUGUCCUGGUGGUGGUUCUCAUUACUGUCAUCCAGUUCGGAUUUGGUAAGAAAUAUUUAAUUUGUCUUCCUUGACUAAUGACAUUCAUAGCUUCAUAUGAAGUAGCAGUACUUCAAGACCUAUCAUUUUAUUUUAUUUUAUUUUAUUUUAUAUUUUAUACCAGAGUAUUGCUCAGCUCUGCCUUAUGGUGGUGUGGGACAUUGAACUUGGAGUCUUUUUCUGUAACUAUUAUGCUGUCUUCCCCAUCUUUGUUAUAAAGUAGCUAUUUCCAAUGUUACAGACUGUAAGACCAAAGAGACUUAACUAACUUCCAUUUAAUUUCAGUACAGAACCCUGGAAAAAUGCAGAGCAGGCCUUCUCUCUUUUAACUAAGAUAAGCAUCCCUUCAAAAAUCAGAAACACUGAUGUCUCUGGGAUUGCCUCUUUUUGUCUUUGAGAAAUCUUGAGCAGACUGGCCUUUUCCCUUUCAAUCAUACUGCUCUGUAAAAUAGGACUAUUAUUGCUUAGCAGCCAGACUGCCUGUCCAGUAGAAAGGCUCGAGAUGGCCUAGUCAGAUGAGUCAUUGCUAAUCAUCCUCUUCCUCAUAAUUAACUCAUGUUUAUUGAGCAUUUGACAUGAUUCUAGACACUCUUAGUGCUUUGCCUGUGUGAACCCCUUUGAUCCUCAGGACACUCCUACAAGAUGGAUGCUGUGAUUAUUCCCAUUGAACAGAUGAGGAAACUAAGGACCUCUUAAGCUCCUACUACUCUUGAUUUUUCCCCCCAUUUACAUUUAGGUCACUUUUCUGUUUUUAUUCUGUUCUAUAUUGAAAUAAAGCCUCUUUACCAGUUUG